AUGGCGUAUAAACUCCACGAGGUCUUGAGCCUGAAUGUUCCUUGGCUCUCAGCCGCCGGUGUAGCAGCCGUUUCUGUUCCUGAUGGCAGCUUCACGGGAGAUGUGACCAUAACUUUCUGGGUGGAGAUUGAGGAGCUUAUUGUGCUUGAGGUAUUUGAUAUUGUGUUUAUAACUGGUAUUGCCAUCCAGUUGAGGUCUUUUGGGGCUAGUGUGGCGUGA